CCAACUUCCCUUGUCCAAGCCUCUUCUUUUCCCAUUAUUUUUCCUGCAUUUUCUCCCUCGCCAAACAGAAAUCUUAGUUCAUUUCUAGACGCAGGGAACGAUGGAGAAAGCGAUCAACCGACAGCAAGUUUUGCUUCAACACCUUAAUCCUUCAGCUUCUUCUUUUUUGUCGCACCAAAACAACUCUGCCCUCUCUGCAUCGGCUUGUUUAGCUGGAGAUAGCGCUGCUUAUCGAAGAACUAAUGUUUUUGGAGAUGAUGUGGUGAUAGUAGCAGCAUAUAGGACCGCGCUUUGCAAAUCCAAGCGAGGGGGUUUCAAGGAUACUUAUCCUGAUGAUUUACUUGCACCUGUUUUAAGGGCAGUGAUAGAGAAAACAAAUUUGAAUCCUAGUGAAGUUGGGGAUAUUGUUGUGGGAACGGUCUUGGCACCAGGAUCUCAACGAGCUAGCGAAUGUCGGAUGGCUGCAUUCUAUGCUGGCUUCCCUGAAACUGUGCCUGUUAGAACUGUGAACAGGCAAUGCUCAUCCGGGCUUCAGGCAGUUGCUGAUGUAGCCGCAGCGAUAAAAGCAGGGUUUUAUGAAAUUGGCAUUGGAGCUGGGUUGGAAUCUAUGACCACUAAUCCAAUGGCAUGGGAAGGUUCAGUUAACCCAAGGGUGAAGCAAAUGGAGCAAGCUCAGAAUUGUCUCCUUCCUAUGGGUAUUACGUCAGAGAACGUUGCUCAUCGCUUUGGUGUGACAAGGCAGGAGCAGGAUCAGGCUGCGGUUGAAUCUCACAGGAAAGCAGCUGCUGCUACAGCUUCUGGUAAAUUCAAAGAUGAAAUAGUCCCUGUGGCCACCAAGAUUGUUGAUCCAAAGACUGGUGAUGAGAAACCUGUCACAAUCUCUGUUGAUGAUGGGAUCCGAGCUAACACAUCAGUGUCAGAUCUGGGAAAAUUGAAACCUGUAUUCAAGAAAAAUGGGACCACUACUGCUGGAAAUUCUAGUCAAGUGAGUGAUGGUGCUGGAGCUGUUCUGCUUAUGAAAAGAAGUGUUGCAAUGCGCAAAGGACUGCCAAUUCUUGGUGUUUUCAGGACUUUUGCUGCUGUUGGUGUGGAUCCUGCUAUCAUGGGUGUUGGCCCAGCCGUGGCAAUUCCAGCAGCAGUUAAAUCUGCUGGUCUGGAACUUGAUGAUGUUGAUCUUUUUGAGAUAAAUGAGGCAUUUGCAUCCCAGUUCGUAUAUUGUCAAAAGAAGUUGGAGCUUGAUCCACAAAAGAUUAAUGUAAAUGGAGGCGCAAUGGCAAUUGGACAUCCAUUGGGUGUAACAGGUGCUCGUUGUGUUGCUACGCUUCUGCAUGAAAUGAAGCGCCGUGGCAAAGACUGCCGAUUCGGAGUGGUCUCGAUGUGCAUAGGCACAGGAAUGGGGGCGGCAGCGGUCUUCGAAAGGGGUGAUUGUGUUGAUGAGCUGUGCAAUGCCCGAAAAGUUGAAACUAACAGCCUCUUAUCUAAGGAUGCCCGAUAGGAUACCCUAGUAUGUUUUCUUGUUAAAAAUAUCCUAAAUCGGGUUGGAAAAUUUAAUAAAGCAAUGCAAUAAGUCACAGAUCAUGUUACCCCAGAAAAGAGUAGUAUUCAUACGUUCUGGCUAUUAUCUUUCAUAAAAUUAUCUCAGCUAUAUAAUAAGUGUCAAAACUUCUGUGUUUCUUCAGCCCCAUAAUGGAAGUAGAUUUUGUUAGCAGUGCAACUGAUGUUGAUCUCGAAAUGAUUCGUUUUCAUAAGCGGAGGGUUAUUUUUUUUGUAACCACAAUUGUGUAGCUGUUAUGCCUAGCAAAACCUCAAGAAGAUUAUUACCAUUUUAUAUGUCAAAAUGAGUUGUUUGAACUUUUUAACUUUAUAGAGAUGAUAUGUCUUAAUCGCUUUAAUUA